AUGUCUGCCUCCCAAAACACCACCAAGAUAAUCUAUCAAGCCCUCGCCAAAGCGGAAAAGACCUGCGGCACCCCUUGGGUAGCCUUCUACACCAUACCACUCCCACACCUCCAAAUCCACUUCCACCAACUCCUCACCAUUCUCACAGCAACAGCCUGCAUCAUCAGCAUCCUCCUAGCCCUCUACCUCCUCUGGGGCCACCUCUUCCACUGGACCAAACCGCAUCAGCAAAAACAGAUCGUCCGCAUCAUCGUCUUCAUCCCUGUCGUCCAGCUAUGCCAGCUCUUCAGCGUCUGGUUCUACAACGCCAGUGCCUACUGCCAAGCCUGGGCAGAAUACUACCAGGGCUUCGGCAUCACGGCUCUCUUCCUACUCUACCUCGCCUUAGCCACACCAGAAGAUACACUCCACCGUGAGCACUUCUUCGACAACCUGCAACGCCUCUGGCACAACGGCAGAGCCAAAGGCCAGGACGGCAGCCUCCGCUGGUUCCGCAUCCUCUGCAUCAUGAACUUCCAAGUCACACUCUUCCGCACCGCGACUUGUCUAGCCACCAUCUUCCUCUGGUCCUUCACCUGCCCCCUCAACAAAGCCAGACAAUACGGCUUCAUCGUCAUCACCGUCAUCCAAGGCAUCUCGACCAUGAUCGCCGUCUUCUCCAACAUCCUGCUCGAAAGACGUCUGCACGAAGAACUGAAACCCCACCGAGGCACCUACAAACUCUGGUCCUUCAAAGCCGUCGUCGGUCUCCAAGCAACGCAAAACGUCAUCUUCAGCGUGCUGGCAGAGAAGAGCGUCUUCCGGCCCUCCCCACCGUUCCACAUCAGCUACAUGGACUUUUCAGUCGGCAUCCCCAACUUCAUGUUCAGCGUCGAGAUGUUGAUCGUGGCGGGCAUGUUCCUCCAUUCCAUGACGUUUGAGCCUUAUUUGAAGCAGGUCAGGGCGGGGGCAGAGGUCCAUGCUACGCCGGUCGGAGCUCUGGGAUUGGCGUAUGCCAUGACGCCCUGGGCUACUAAGCGCGGGCAUAGUUUUGAGGUUCCUGAGGCUGAGAAGGGGGGUGUGAAGCUGGCCGAGCCUGGGAUAUCGACGGACGCUACGCCGGAUGAGCCCAGGGUGAAUAAUGGCCAAUAUGGGAUGAAUUUGUAA